AUGUCUGCGAAAUCAGUACAAGGGCCUGGCGGCAAGAAGCCAGCUUCAGCGGCGACUAAUCUCAUUGCCGGUGGUGGUGCUGGAAUGAUGGAGGCGCUCGCAUGUCAUCCUUUGGACACAAUCAAAGUCCGAAUGCAGCUUUCGCGACGAGCUCGUGCGCCAGGGGCGAAGAAGCGCGGAUUUAUCACGACCGGCAAGGAGAUUGUCAAGCGAGAGACCGCACUGGGCCUAUAUAAGGGAUUAGGCGCUGUGCUUACUGGCAUUGUACCUAAAAUGGCUAUACGCUUUACCAGCUAUGAAUGGUACAAGCAACUUCUGGCCGACAAGGACGGCAACGUUGCGUCCAAGUCUACAUUUAUGUCUGGUCUCGCUGCUGGAAUCACCGAAGCCGUAUUGGUAGUCACGCCCAUGGAAGUGGUCAAGAUCCGUCUCCAAGCACAGCACCACUCCAUGGCGGAUCCGCUCGACAUUCCAAAGUACCGAAACGCUGCCCAUGCCAUGUACACUGUCGUUAAAGAAGAGGGCGCAGGAGCGCUAUGGCGCGGUGUCUCGCUCACAGCGCUGCGCCAGGGCACAAACCAGGCGGCGAACUUUACAGCAUACUCUGAGUUGAGGGCGCAACUGCAAAAAUACCACGGUACGACAGAUCUACCCGGGUACGAGACUAGUAUGAUUGGACUCGUCAGUGGUGCUGUUGGGCCGUUUACAAAUGCCCCAAUCGACACCAUCAAGACGAGAUUACAGAAGAUGCCUGCCGAGCCAGGCCAAAGUGCCGUUCAGAGGAUUGUCACUAUUGCCAGUGAUAUGUGGAAACAAGAAGGCAUUCGCAGUUUCUACAAGGGCAUUACACCGCGCGUAAUGCGAGUCGCUCCCGGCCAAGCCGUCACAUUUACCGUGUACGAAUACUUGAAGGGUAUAUUGGAGCAAGGCCGGGAGAUGAUCCCGGGCGGACAGUACGAGGAGUAGCUGGAUUCGAUGUACAUUCCUGAAGCGCAGAAUAAUGAGCCUGAAUUGAUACAUGAAAUC